AUGACUGCCGCCGCUCUUCUCCUAGCGACACUUCCAAUCUGCGCCUUCGCGUCGAGCGUGGCCCAUGUCUUGAAUGUGCCAUACUAUGUUCCCUCAAAGGUCGAAUUGGCGCAUGAAUUCAAAGUGCAAGAAGCACUUCCGGUGACCGUCCUCACAUCCCAAGAGGCAGUCAUUACAGCAUCGUGGAUCAACAGCACCGUUUCUGAUUUCUUGGUCCAAGACGACGUUUACACCAAGGGUUUUUUUUACGCGUUCUACUUCCAGGGUCCCGAAGGUCUUACCCUGGCUGGUGACGCAGACUCCCUGCUUAAGACAUUCGGUACCAGCCGGGUAUUCUGGGCUUCAUCACAGCACAAUGCAACCCUUCCAGACGGCCCCUACUUUGCGACAUCUUCGGGCCUGCACCGCGCCUGGCGCCUCUAUGACGAUUAUACUAAUGCGUUCGUCCUGCCGACCAUACCAUCUGCUAACGACAUCAACACCUAUGAAGUCCUCCCUGCAAGCGGCGGGGACCUUUACGGAGCGAUGCAGGUUGCCGUGCCAUCCAGGCUGUUCUACAGGCCUACGGCCGAGCAGCCUCUUGCUGGCUAUCGCAUCGGCGUGAAGGACCAGUAUGACAUCAAGGGUCUUAUCACAACUUUUGGAAGCCGCUCAUACGCCGCGACGUAUCCUCCAUCGAAUGUGACGUCCGGAGUCAUUCAGCAUCUCCUCGACCAGGGCGCCGUUGUUGUCGGCAAAACCAAGCUGUCGGUUUUCGCCAAUGCGUGGUUCAGCAUUGCGGAGUGGCCUGAUUAUUCUUUGCCUUUUAACCCCCGCGGCGAGUCAUACCUCAUCCCCGGCGCCUCUUCUGCGGGCUCGGGUGCGUCCCUCGCCGCAUACGACUGGCUGGACAUCACCAUUGGGGAGGAUACCGGCGGCUCGAUGCGCUUCCCCGCCGCGCAAAACGGCGUGUACGGGAUUCGCUCCACCAAGAACAGCACCAACAACACCGCAACCGUGUUUGGACCCUUCGACGUCGCCGGCCAUUUUGCUCGCGACGUUGACUCCUUCAACACCUUCGGUGCCGUGAUGUACGGGCAGUCCGGCUAUAAGAACUACACCAAGUUCCCCGCGAAGAUCCUCUACCCUCGGGAGUAUUGGGCGAACAUCAACCCGAACUACACGGCGCCGUGCGAGGAAUACGUCCAGAAUUUGGAAGCAUUCCUGGGCGUGAACCGGACUAUCGUCGACAGCAAUGCGCUUUGGCAUGAGUACUCGGGGAGUAACGUGAGCCUGGCGGAUUAUUUCGCGAACCUCAUCCCCUACGUCUCGGGAACGUAUAACUUCUCCCUCAAUUUCAAGAAAGACUACUUCGCGAAAUUCGGCCGCUAUCCCUACUCGACGCUCAACGCGGCCAGCGACCCCUCCUUUACCCCACAGAACGCGAGUCUAGGCGAGAUCGGCCACGCUCUCCAAUCCGAGUUCCAGACCUUCUACCGCAGAUACUUCCUGUCUGCCAACGAGGAAACCUGCUCCGAUGCCAUCGUAGUCUUCCCCUUUAACGGCAACGGCGGGAUCCCCUGGUAUCGGGACAGUAACAUCAGUUAUACCGUGGCGGGCAGCGCCCCGGCGCUCCCGGGGUAUAUCAGCUGGAACUAUCUCUCUGUGAUGAACGAAAGCCCCGAGGUGGCGGUGCCGGUGGGGACGGUGCAGUAUCACAGCCGGGUGUCGCUGGUGGAGGAGGAGUUUCCGGCUACGGUGGAGAUCCAGGGGGCGGUUGGGUGUGAUUUUAUGCUGAUGAAUCUGGUGCGGGCGGUUGCGUACGAGCAGGGGCUGAGGAAGGGAGUGCGGACUGGAUCGAGGAUGUAUUGA